AUGAGCUCGCAGCGUUAUCAGCGGGUGAACGCCCACGAUGAUGAUGAGCCACAUUCCCACUCGUCGAUCCCUCUACACUCCAACCUAACGCCUUCCUCUCCUCCCCCGUCCUUCCGCUCUCGCUCCUCCUCCAUCUCCUCCAGACGCCUUCUCCACGAUCCUUCCCGUUCCAACGAUGAAGACCAGACCCUCGCCGACGCCUUUGGUGAUGGCAGCGACUCGGAAGCCGAGGACGAGCCCGAUGACCGUCAACGGCUAAUGCGGGCUCAUCCGGAGCCCCGGACAGCAGGGGACAGCAGCACUGAAGCCGCUGCGUCUUCGUCGGGUGCCAGCAGUGGGCAGUCUGGAUCGCAACCACCUGCAGGGAUAGUGAGAAGACAGACGCUCCUCCCAUCCUUUACUAGUUCUCAGAGUUCAGGCGGAGGCCGGGUCAUCCAUUCAUCUAAUGACGGUGUCUUUGCAAAUCUGGCAGCAAAGCCGGAACGGGGUGAGAAGAACGAAGAUUUACCACCGUCGUAUGAAGAGGCGGCCGCUGACGCCACUCCCCCCUACUGGGAGACUACGAUUCUCGCCCCUGGAAUCUCCUCCGAUGAAGUCUUCGUUGACGGGCUUCCCGUGGGAUCCGUCUUCUCCUUUGUAUGGAACGCUAUGAUCUCCAUGUCCUUCCAACUAGUCGGCUUCCUUCUCACCUACCUUCUUCACACCACUCACGCCGCCAAAAAUGGGAGCCGGGCUGGACUUGGCCUCACCCUGGUGCAAUACGGGUUCUACAUGAAAGGUGGCAGUGACACGGGCGGGUCGGAUGACGGCGGCUCCGGGCAAUAUGCAACGCCUCCCGAUCCCAACAGCCAUAAUUUCGAUCCGAACGCGAUGGGUGACAAUGGGGGUGAUGGAGGCGGCGGUAGCUCGAGCAUCUCGACCAGUGAAUGGAUCUCGUACGUCUUGAUGAUUGUCGGAUGGUUUAUCUUGAUCCGUUCCAUCAGUGAUUUCCUCCGAGCUCGUCGCCAUGAGCAGUUGGUCUUGCAGAGCCCCGAUCGCGGGCUCGGAGUCCCGGUCAUUGCGGAAGGCGAGAGAUCGGAAACGGUUGUCUAA